GCUUUGCGAGCUAUGGUGCAGGCCAAUCCACAAAUUUUGCAGGAGCUAGGGAAGCAAAACCCUCACCUGAUGAGGCUUAUUCAGGAGCACCAGGCUGAUUUUGUUCGCCUGAUCAAUGAACCUGUUGAAGGUGGAGAGGGUAACGUACUGGGACAGCUUGCUGCAGCAAUGCCACAGUCUGUAACAGUUACACCUGAGGAGCGUGAAGCCAUAGAAUGUGUAAGUAUUGCCUUUUCCUAAUUUUUAUUUGAAUUUAGAUGUGUUUAGUGUGGUGGUCUUGAAGUGAUCUUUUGAUAGGGGUUUUUUUCCCAAUACCUAUGAAUUCUAUUGGAUCCAUAACUAUACAUUGGAAGACUCCUUUGGAUCUCCUAGAAAUAUAUCCAUCCCUGACCCCUCACAUCAAUUCCAUGAUCCUCUUAAUCCUUUCUCAUUCGAGUCCAACAUCUGUUGGAAUUGAUACUUUGGAUCCAGUUAGAUAAUAUUUUGUAAAUUUUAAUUUUUUGUCAAUUGUCCUUUAUGUAAGCCACUUUAUUUAUUUGCAUUUUUUUUGUCCAACUCAUGUUUUUUG